AUGGAGACAUACUACGGACACGUGCGAACGCCAGGAGAUGCCAUCCUACUCUUCGAGGCCUGCAGGAUUGGUCUGUUGCCCAGAGUCCAGCGCCGCCUCUCGGAAAAAGAAAGGCUGUCGAUCAAGUCUGGUUCCGUAUUCGUGUGGGAUGAGCGCGAAGCGGGCAUGAGACGCUGGACAGACGGAAAGUCAUGGAGCGCAAGUCGCGUGUCGGGCAGUUUCCUGACAUACCGCGAGAUGGAGGGCAAGCGCGGCGGAAGCACCUUCAGCGCUGCUCCCAAGGCGCCUGCUGCCAAAGACCACGACGCCUCGGAUGACGGUCCUGACGGCUACCGCUACAAGCCUGAUGGUCUGAUCAAACAGUCAUUCAGCAUCACCACCUCAACCGGCCAGCAUCUCCAUCUCAUCAGUUACUUCGCCCGCUCUACCGCCGUCUCGCAGAACUUGCAACAGCCUUCCACCGAUCCUCAGCUGCGUCACAUUCGUCCCGAGAAGGGCAUGUACCCUGAGUCGACUGUUCACGAACAGAACGCCAUCCCUGCCGUGACAAGAGGUCCUAUGACUAGCCCAGCCUUUACCAACGCGCCUCAU